CGGCCCCCGGAGCAGCCCGCGCAGCCCCGCCCGCCCCGAGCCAUGUUGCUGCUGCUGGCGGCCGCCUGCGUCGUGGCCUUCGUGCUGCUGCUGUACAUGGUGUCGCCGCUCAUCAGCCCCAAGCCCCUCAAGCUGCCCGGCGCCCACGUCGUGGUUACUGGAGGUUCCAGUGGAAUUGGAAAAUGUGUUGCUAUUGAAUGCUAUAAGCAGGGUGCAUUUAUAACUCUGAUUGCAAGAAAUGAGAGCAAGCUGUUGCAGACAAAGAAAGAAAUUGAAAAAUACUCUGUUAACGAUAAACAGGUUGUGCUUUGUAUAUCUGUUGAUGUGUCUAAAGACUAUGGACAUGUGGAGAACGUCCUUAAACAAGCUCAAGAGAAGUUGGGUCCAGUUGACAUGCUUAUAAACUGUGCUGGAACAUCAAUUACAGGAAAAUUUGAGGAUCUUGAAGUGAGCUGUUUUGAAAGGUUAAUGGCAGUCAACUACUUGGGUAGUGUUUACGCAAGCCAUGCCGUAAUUGCUACCAUGAAGGAACGAAGAAUGGGAAGGAUUGUGUUUGUAUCAUCUCAGGCUGGACAGGUGGGACUAUUUGGUUACACAGCUUAUUCUCCAACCAAGUUUGCUCUUCGAGGAUUGGCUGAAGCUCUGCAAAUGGAGGUAAAGCCUUAUAACAUCUAUGUAACAGUUGCCUAUCCUCCAGAUACUGAUACACCUGGCUUUGCAGAAGAAAUCAAAACAAAGCCUUUAGAGACUAAACUAAUUUCAGAAGCCUCAUCUGUUUGCCAAGCAGAACAGGUUGCCAGAGUUAUUGUUAAAGAUGCCAUACACGGAAACUUUAACAGUUUUAUGGGCUCAGAUGGUUACAUGUUAUCAGUACUGACCAGUGGAAUGUCACCUGUCACUACUAUUACUGAAGGUCUUCAGCAGGUUGUUUGCAUGGGCAUUUUUCGCAUCAUUGGUUUGUUUUACCUAGGAAGUUUUGACAGCAUAGUUCGUCGCUGCAUGAUACAAAGGGAAAAAUCUGAAAGUACAGAUAAAACUAAAUAAUCUUUGCUGACUGAAUCAGAAGAAUGUUACUUUCGGACAGCUUGCUGCUAAAAGGGACUUAGUUUCUCACCUGAAGACUUUCAUUUAAAUGCUUGGAUAUGUGAUAGAUGAGUUCCUUUGAAAUGGAAGUUAAGAGAGAACAAAAGUACAACCCCAAGAAAUACCAAAACUAUGCAAAAGUAUGAAUGAAGACUAGUUUUUUCAAUGGUUUGAUUUGAAGAAACACUUGUGAAUCUAGAGACUAAGUGUGAAGAGUAAAAUUUCAGAGUGGGUUAUUUGCUGGUAAUUCUGGACAAAUACUUAGGUUUUCUUUCUUUGAUGGUGUGUUCAGAGAUAAGGGUAAGUACCAUCACACAUUGAACCUAAGAAGUCUGAACUCUCCUUGAACAGAGUUUAGGCUUCUAAUAGAUAUCCACAACCAUAUUUUAACUUUGAAUGUUCGGAUUACUUUCCCCAUUGUCAGUAAAUCAGUAAACAGACUUAUCCAUGGCUUUCAUCUUGCAAUACUACGGCUGUGGGAUCAUUAGGUGGGGGAACCAUACCUAUAUGAUCCAAAGCUUCUCAGUGUGGGAGUAGUUGAGGUAUGCUUUAGUAGCUACAUACUCUUCUAAAGGGAGAUGAAGAACCCAUUCUCCACUGAGAAAUACUGGGAAAUAUUUUUUUUUGGCCUUCUGAAAUACCUUAUAAACAAAUCAAACCAUUAGAACAACAAGUAGUUAAAAUUGCUGAAAGCCACAAUCUAAUUUUAAAUUGAUGUAUAAUUUUCUAAUGUAUUCCCUUUUAUCUGUCAGUUGAGCUGAGGAGAGAAAGGUAGCUUAAUGUUGCCAUUAUGCACAUUUUUAAAAACUGCAAACGAUGAGCCAAACAAAUAGUUGAUAGAAUCAGUUGUAAUUAAAAUGUUAAUUUAAAAUGCUAGGCUCUUCCAGUAGCAGGAAUGUAGCUUUCGGGGGGGGGGGGGGGGUCAAAAUGGCAUUCCAGAUUAAUUUAUCCCUGGAUUGUGAGUAUAUUUGUUAGGAUGACAAGGUCUGGUUUAAAAAUACACUCCACUCUUUUGGUUUUUAUUAGAUGCACAUAUGAAUCAAGACUGCUUCAAAUCUGUGCCAGACUACACUGAACCCAAUUAUUUUCUAACAAUUUUAAGUUUCUAACAUUGAAAAUGCUUAGUUCAUAACAAUGAUAGCAUAAAGAGAUUGUGAUAUAUUGUUCAGUUGGACUACUACAGUAAGUGCCUAUGAGUCUUCUUUUGCAAAAGCUGCAUCUUUCAUAUUUGUUAGCACUGCUACAUUGUUAGAUGUCAAGUUUUUUAGUCACAAUCCAUAUUUUAAAGUUUAAACCUUAACUGGUAACAUUUGUCAUGCUCACCUCCUCCACAGGAAUAAAGAUUCAUCAAAUAUUGGGUGAAAUUGAUACUGUUUCUUAGUCUUCUAUAUCCCUCAUCUAAAAGAAUAGUUUAAGGGGACACUAUAUGCUAAAAUAUUUUUUCUUAUCUUGCAUUAUUAACUGGAAUAACUUCAAACACACAACUCUACAUUGAUACUAUCCCCCCCUCACCCUCCCGAGUGCAAUUAGUCAAUUUAACUUAUUGGGUUUCUUGCAUUAGCACAGUGCUUUAAUGUUUGCUCUGUAAACCCUAUAGGAGAGUAUUCAAACUGACAGUCUAAACAGUUUCUCAUUAAGAGACUGAGUGUAUAUACUAGGCUUUAUAAUGCACAAAGCCUAGAUUUGGGGGCCAACCUACCAGAGUGCCUCUUUAAAUAUGUAAAAUUUGCAUGCCUCUUAUCAGAAGAAUGCAUAGAUUUGAGCAUAGUAGGCAUCCUUACAAUUCUAAACGGCUGAGUUUCACAGCAGAAGAAGCUAUUUUGCAUAUACAUUAGUUGCUCUGUGCUGUUUGUUAUGGAUUGUGUAUUAUGGAGCAUUUACAACAACAUCCAGAGUCAUUGUUUGCUUUGUUUAUUGAAAGUCAUCACAGCCCAUUCUCUCUCAGGACCCGAUGUAUCUUACUAGUAUGUAUAUUAUACCAAGCCUUAAUAUAAAUCAAGAAUAAGAUUAAAUAAGUAUUGAAACCAGAUACCAAGUCAGUGAGUUAGUAUUUCUGACAAAAUGCUAAAACUAACAUCAGGUUUCUGACUUGUAUCAAAAGCCUGAAGGCCAAGAUUUCAAAAGCAACUAGGGACUCUGGGUUACUCCAUUUCUGGGUGAACUUUUAAGUCUUAAGGACCAUUUUUUCAGAAAGUGCUGAGUACCUAAACUGAAAAUAGGGCCCUGUUUAAAGUAUCGUAAGUUGGGUAGCCGUCACUAACAAGUUUUGAAAAUACUGGUUGAAGACUCCAAAUUAAGUCUGGUGCUUGCUCUUAAAGUUUGUACUUAAAUUAAUUCAGUAGUCUUAUUUAACAUAUUGUGGCCCAAAUCCUGCAGAGAGAUGUGCAUUUGCUUAACUUUGCAUGUUGUAAGUAGUCCCAUUGACUAUGGCCUAGUCUACACUUAAAAUUUAAGUCGACAAACAGGUGUGUGAAAAAUCCACAUCCCUGAGUGUUUGUACUUAUGCCAUCUUAACCCCUAAAUGUAGAUAAAUCUAAGAAUGCUUCCAUCUAUCUAGCUGUCAUUGCUUGAGGAGGUGGGAGUUUCCACAGUAAUGAAAGAAACCCUUCCGUCACCGUAGACUGCAUCUACAUUACAGGGUUACAACCAUAGCUAAGUAAGGCUUUGCAGCUUAAACCCUAUAUCUAUUUUACCAGUGUGAACCAGGUAAGUAAAGAAUUUGAUUUUUAAACAUCAUAGUUUUGUUAGUGCAAGCUAGUGCAUUUAGUUAAUUAAUUGAUAUUUUCAUAUAUAUUAGGAUUCUACGGUUGUUCAUUACUUUUGUCAAAAGAGCCUAAUCUGGAAAUAAAUAGAGCUAAGGGAUUCUAAUAAGGUUUUAGCAUAAAGCUGUAAACAUCAGGAGAGAGUUAAAAACAAGAAUACUUUAUAAUCUUGUGGAAAAGAUGACUGACAGCCUACAGAUUGUCGUCAGCUAAAUUUAAUCAAGAUACUUGCAUCUAAUUUUUUUCAGUAGAGCCACGGGUCUCUGAAGAAUUUAAAACAAAUCACUCUUUACCACUGUUUUGUCAAAUUAACAAUAUGUAAUCAAUGCUAUAACCAGACUCAAAUGUUAUGCCUUAUUUGAAUUCUUUUAGACAUUCAAUUUAAGUUUUGAUAGUUGAGCCAAAAUGUUUCCCUUACAUUUCAUUUAGUUUCUAGUUACUGCUUUAAUGUUAGACUACUUAUACAGUAUACUUUUUAACUAAAAUUCUGGUUGAUGUGCAAUUUAAGUAGGUUUAAUAUUUACUAAGAAGGAAAUAGUAAAUCACAUGUUAGUUUGCUAGGCACUUUUACAUGGUAACAAUGUAUAUGCUGUUUUUAAAACCUAUCCCAUCUCCAGUUUAUUGCUUUAAAAGCUUUUGUGCCAGAACUGUAAACUAAUUCUCAUGUUUUGUAUUUCUCAAAAUAAAUGAAGGAACAAAAAUACUUA